AAAGCUAAGGUCGAAUUUGCCAUUUUCCCGGCCCCACAGAUCUCGACUGCCGUGGUUGAGCCCUAUAACUCUAUUCUCAAUACGCACUCGACUCUUGAACACUCCGACUGUUCUUUCGUCUACGAUAACGAGGCUAUUUAUGACAUUUGCCGACGCAAUCUUGAUAUUGAACGCCCAACGUAUACCAAUCUGAACAGAAUUCUCGCUCAGGUCGUCAGCUCAAUUACCGCCUCACUCCGCUUCGAUGGUGCCCUGAAUGUUGACCUGACUGAAUUCCAGACCAACCUGGUGCCCUACCCCCGUAUUCACUUUCCUCUUGUUACAUAUGCUCCGACCUUCUCCGCAGAGAAGGCCUAUCAUGAACAGCUCACUGUGCCCGAGAUCACGAACGCCUGCUUCGAGCCGGCCAACCAGAUGGUUAAGUGUGACCCUCGACAUGGCAAAUACAUGUCUUGCUGCAUGCUUUAUCGUGGAGAUGUCGCACCGAAGGAGGUGAAUGCAUCCAUUGCUACGAUCAAGACCAAGAGGACCAUCCAAUUCGUUGAUUGGUGUCCCACUGGUUUCAAGGUCGGCAUCAACUACCAACCACCUACUGUCGUUCCAGGUGGCGAUCUGGCCAAAGUCCAGCGCGCCCUUUGUUCCAUCUGUAACACAACUGCAAUCUCUGAGGCCUGGGCUCGUCUUAACCACAAAUUCGACCUAAUGUAUGCCAAACGUUGCUUCGUCCAUUGGUACGUUGGCGAAGGCAUGGAGGAAGGUGAAUUUUCUGAGGCUCGUGAAGAUAUGGCAGCUCUCGAAAAAGACUACGAAGAAGUUGGAACCGAUACAGUUGACGGAGAGGGUGAAGAGGGCGAAGAGUAUUAA